AUGAGGCGAAAGGGACGAGGCGAAGAAGCGGCCGGUUCAGCGGCUCAGCAAAGCGACACGGCCGAAACGAAGCUGAGCCUGAAGCGGGAGAUUGGGCUGACCAGUGCCGUGUCACUAAUUGCGGGGACUAUGAUCGGGUCAGGUAUUUUCAUGUCUCCCGAGUGGGUACUGCGUAACAUCGGUAGCCCUGCCGGUAGCCUCAUCAUUUGGGCCGCCUGCGGCCUUCUGGCCACCUUCGGGGCGCUGUCGUAUGCUGAGCUGGGAACGAUAAUUAAAGAGUCCGGCGGAGAAUAUAUUUACAUUCUGAGGAAUUUUGGCUCUCUCCCUGCCUUUCUUUUUGCGUAUACGUCCGUCAUCGUGGUGAGGCCCGCGGGAGUGGCGGCCAUCUCACUGAGCUUUGCCGAAUACGCCGUGGCUCCCUUUUAUCCAGGGUGUGCCUCGCCUCCAGCGGCGGUCAAGUGCACCGCCGCCGCCUGCAUCCUCCUCCUCACUUUGGUCAACUGUCUUAGCGUGAGGCUGGCCACUUCCGUUAUGAACAUUUUUACGGGCGCCAAGCUCUUAGCGCUCCUGAUCAUUGUUGUGGGAGGGGUGGUGUUGCUGGCGAAUGGGCAGACGCAAACUUUUCAGAAUGCCUUUCACAACACAAAGUAUGGGGCUGGAGCGAUUGGGAUUGCUUUUUAUCAGGGACUGUGGUCGUACGAUGGAUGGAACAACCUGAAUUACGUGACGGAGGAAAUUAAAAAGCCUGAAGUAUACCUGCCUAGGGCAAUGAUGAUUGCUAUUCCCUUGGUUACAUGUUUUUAUUUGCUGGUAAACAUGAGUUACUUUGCAGCCAUGACUCCGAGUGAACUUCUGUCUUCGGGAGCCGUGGCCAUUACCUGGGGGAACAAAGUCCUGGGUAACUCGGCAUGGCUGAUCUCACUGUCAGUUGCACUGUCUACAUUUGGGGCAGCACAUGGAACGCUCUUCGGUGGAGGUCGCUUGGGCUACAUUGCAGCAAGGGAGGGCCACAUGCCAAACAUCUUAUCAAUGGCGCAUGUACGACGCCUCACCCCUUCUCCGGCUCUCAUAUUUACAUCAGCAGUGUCUUUAAUUAUGAUUAUACCUGGAAGUUUCAGCCACAUAGUGAACCUUUUCAGUUUCACAGCUUGGCUUUUCUAUGGUAUAACUAUAGCGGGACUCCUGUAUUUAAAGAUUAAGAAACCAGAACUGCCAAGAUCUUACAGGGUACCCAUCAUCAUCCCAAUAGUUGUGUUGAUGACAUCUGUCUACCUUGUGUUGGCGCCUAUCAUUGACCAACCUCAGACUGAGUUCCUCUAUGUCAUCCUCUUCAUUUUCAGUGGGGUCAUCUUUUAUUUCCCCUUGGUGCGCUACCAGCAUCAUCCUGCCUUCUUAGGAAGAUUCACUUUGCAUCUGCAGCUGCUUCUGGAAGUUGCCACAGCUGAAAAGAAUGUGAACUGA